AUGGCUUCUCUACCUUCAGUUGCUGUUAGUGGCAAUAUCAAGCUUGACCAAGAAUUCAGAAAACAUCCCACAAGUUCUAUUUCUUCAGAAAAGAGUGGAAUUGCAAACGUGUCGUAUCAGAAAAGUCAGACCAUCACAAGUUUGGAUGGAAGUUCAGAACCCAGGUCUCUGGACUUCCGAGAAGCUCUAGAGAUAUUUAGAGAGGGUUCUAAUAAGGUUGAUUCCUCUUACUAUGUUCCUCUCUUGCAAGAAUGUAUAGAGAGGAAUUCGGCUUCCAAUGCGCAAGCUGUGCAUGGGCACAUCAUUAAGACAGGAAGCCACCAAGAUUUGUUUGUCACAACUUUCCUUGUCAAUGUUUAUGCAAAGUGUAGAAUCAUGGAAGAUGCUCAUAAGGUUUUCGACAAAUUGCCUAAACGAAAUGUUGUUUCAUGGACAGCUUUGAUGACAGGUUAUGUUCACAAUUCGCGGCCAGAACUUGCCAUUCGGGUUUUCCUGGAGAUGUUAGAAGCUGGGGCUUAUCCUACCAAUUAUACUCUAGGAAUUGUUUUCAAUGCUUCAUCUACUUUGUACUUGAUUGAGUUAGGGAAGCAAUUGCAUGCCUACAGUAUAAAAUACCGGAUUGACUUUGAUACUAGUAUUGGAAACAAUCUUUGCAGUUUAUACUCCAAAUGUGGGAACUUGGAAUCCGCUUUUAAAGCAUUUAAGAAAAUUAAGGAAAAGAAUGUGAUCUCUUGGACUUCAGCUAUAUCUGCUUGUGGUGAUAAUGGCGAUUCUUCAAAGGGUUUGGAACUUUUUACUGAGAUGCUUUCAGAGGGAACCGAGCCUAACGACUACACCCUGACCAGUGCCUUGAGCUUGUGUUGUACAAUGCAGUCUUUGGGAGCAGGGAUGCAGAUACAUUCCUUAGUCAUUAAACUUGGCUAUGAGUUGAACCUUCCGGUAAGAAAUGCUAUCAUGUAUUUGUACCUCAAAUGUGGCAUGAUUAAUGAGGCUAGAAAGUUGUUUAAUGGAAUGGGAGAUAUGAGCUUGAUUACAUGGAAUGCAAUGAUUGCAGGUCAUGCCCAACUUAUUGAUCUUGCAGAAGACGAUCUUUCAGCAUACCGAAGUGGAAUUGAAGCUCUUAACAUUUUCUUGAAAUUGAAUGGCUCCGGGGUGAAACCUGAUUUAUUUACCUACUCAAGUAUCUUAACUAUAUGUAGUAGUUUGGUGGCUUUAGACCAGGGAGAACAGGUUCAUGCUCAGAGCAUCAAAAGCGGGUUUGUCUCAGAUAUUGUAGUAGCAACUGCGCUAGUCAAUAUGUACAAUAAAUGUGGAAGCAUUGAGAAAGCAAGUAAAGCGUUCAUAGAGAUGUCUACAAGAACGCUGAUAUCGUGGACUAGUAUGAUUGCAGGUUUUGCGCAGCAUGGCCGGACUCAGCAAGCACUACAGCUCUUUGAGGAUAUGAGAAUUGCAGGAGUCAGACCAAAUCAGGUUACUUUUGUGAGUGUUCUAUCUGCUUGUAGCUAUGCUGGAAUGGUCAAUGAAGCACUUGGUUACUUUGAGUCCAUGAAAAAGGACUACAGGAUCAAACCUGUGAUGGACCAUUAUGCCUGCCUUAUUGAUAUGUAUGUAAGGUUGGGUCGGUUAGAUGAAGCCUUUGGUCUUGUCAAGAAAAUGGAUUUUGAACCGAAUGAGUUUAUAUGGUCAACCUUGGUUGCAGGUUGUAGAAGACAUGGACAUAUAGACAGGGGAGUUUAUGCUGCUGAACAGUUGCUCAAGCUCAAACCAAAAGAUACCGAGGCUUAUGUCAUGUUGUUGGACAUGUACAUCUCUGCAGAAAGAUGGAAGGAUGUUUCUAGGGUGAGAAAAAUCAUGAAAGAGGAGAAGCUUGGGGAGCUGGAGGAGUGGAGCUGGAUUAGCAUUAAAGACAAGGUUCAUUCAUUUAAACCCAAUGAUAAAUCUCAUCCUCAAAGUGAAGUUGUUCAAAAGUACGUUGAUAGUUUGAUUGAUCAAGUCAAGAGUCUUGGAUACAAGCCAGUAGAGAGUUUGGAAUUAACUGAUGAAGACAAAGAAACCACUUUGUUCUCUUCUACAUCUUUCCAUAGUGAAAAGUUGGCAAUUGCUUUUGGAUUGUUGAACACACCAAAUGCUGCGCCAAUUCGGGUCAUCAAGAAUAUCAGUAUGUGCAGGGAUUGCCAUAGUUUUGUUAAGUUUGUAUCAUUACUGACUUCUAGGGAAAUUUCCAUUCGAGAUAGCAAGCGCCUUCACAAGUUUUUGAAUGGAAAAUGUUCAUGUGGAGAUUUUGGAGCUCUUCUUUGAUAUCUUUUAGCACCAAGAGUGGACAGAGUCCAGGGUUCUUCCAUCUGUUGUGAGAUGUUCAAUUUGGUGCAGAGAAAGAUGUCGAAAAAUUCAUGUUAAAUUCUUA